UCCAACCUCAGGAGCUUCCGCAGCAUGGCUCGCCCCAAAAGGAACAGAGCUGUGAUCAUUGUCAAUUAUCAGUUCUUUCAAGCCGAAGAAGAACUUAACCGAAGAGAGGGGGCCAAAAAGGAAGCAGACAAGCUUUUUAAAGCCCUUUCCAAGUGCAAUUAUGAUGUGAAAUUGUUUUGGGAUUUGACAGCCGAAGAAAUAGAAGCCGUGUAUGAGCAAGAAAGCCAGGCACUACAUGGGAAAUAUUUUGUGAGCAUCCUCUCAAGCCACGGAGAAGAAGGCAGCAUAAUGGAUAGCCGAGGACAAGCAUUAAAGCUAACUCGCAUUUAUAAGAUCUUAUCUCCUGAAAGGUGUCCACAUUUGGCAGCAACGCCUAAAAUCUUCUUCAUACAGGCAUGCCGCGGAGAGAGAUUUGAUGAUGGCAUCCAAGUAGAAACAGAUAGCAGUGCACCAGAGGAAGACUAUUUCUCACAUUACCUGUCUAUUCCCGAAAAUACUGCUGUCAUGUUUUCUUGCUGCCCAGGCUAUGUUUCCUUCAGCAAUCAGUUGGAAUCGAUGUUUCUCAAAGCAUUACUGGACGUGCUAGAAGGAGAGAAAAGAAAACUGAAAGUCACCACACUCAUGACUUGGAUUAACUGGAAGGUUGCGUUUCUUUGUCAAGCAAAAGGAAGUAAAUAUAAGGGCAAAAAAGAGAUGCCCUGCUUUGUCACAAACAUGGUGGAGGAGGUUUACCCUUUUAAAGAAGACAGGGAAUACUCGGAUUAACCAGAUCACUCCAAACCUACAGAUACAACUCAGUCGUCGGUUCAUAAGGCAGUUUGAUUUUUCACUUGCUGCAUUUUGAUCCAGCCAAUUAUAAUUCAUUCAAGUAGUCAGUUACAGAACCCCUUAAUGUAUUGUUGUCUGAACGUGUCCAUGCAUACCACGCUAGGAGAGAAACAGGAUGGGGAUACUUAAAAAAAGAAAUGGUUUAAGGAAUGCUCACCCUUACGGGAAAUAAAAAUAUGAGUCAUAAUAGUGGCAUGGAUAUUAUACAACCCUUUGCCUUUGAAGGAGAAAAGUGGAGUGGUGGUGGUGGUGUGUAUGCAACUGCUUAAAGACUAUGGCUUUUUUUGCCAGUCUCUGUGACAAUGCUAAGAAAAGGUGUGUUGUCAACAGAUGCUUUGUGUUCUCUCAUGCAUUCCACCCUCCCUUUGGAUCCAAUGCUUUGAGCAACACUUGUUUGCAGCAAAUGGAACAGAAUGUGUCCAUGUUGCCCACUGUUUGACUGAAGAGUGACAUGCAAAUUCUUGAAAUAAAUUAAGUAAAACAGUAAAUUGUGAAGAUCGAGAAGGGAGCUGCAUAACAUGUCAACGGGUCUCUCUCUGAAGGUACAGGUAGUGUCAGGUUACAUUUAAUAACUAACUACUCAAGAAGUUACAACGAACUUUAAGAAAGCUACUUAUGACCCGUCCUCUAAGUUAUGACUGAUGCCCCUCCGUGGUCACAUGAUCACAUUUCUGACGAGUUGUGGCGUUCCAGUUAUGAGUGUCAUUUACAUUUUUAUGGGUUUCAGCAAAAAAAAAAAACCUGCUAUUUAGGAGAAUGGAACACAAUUCACUUUAUGACUGUGGCGACUCAUUUUAUAACCAUUGUAAAAAU